AUGACGGUGACCGCCACCGACACGACGGCUGUGUGCAUCAGUUACGCGCUGGCGCUGCUCGCGCUCCACCCAGAGUGGCAGGACGCGGCCCGGCGGGAGCUGAAGGACGUCUUCGGCGAGGGCGGCGACUACCUGCGUGCUCCCAGCCUCGCAGAGCUGGCCAGCCUCAGGGUCCUGGAGAGCAUCAUCAAGGAGACGCUGCGGCUGUUCCCGGUGGUUCCGAUGCUCCCUCGGAUGGUCAGGGAGGAGAUCUGGUUGUCCAAAGGGCGGGUACCAGUCCCGAAGGGCGCGAUGCUAUUCGUGACGCCCUUCCUCACGCACCGCCUGCCGCAGUUCUUCCCAGACCCGCUGAAGUUCGACCCUUCGCGCUUCCUGGAGGGUCGAAGUGGCGAGGAGCACCCCUGCAGCUACCUGCCGUUCGGAUUGGGCUCACGAAACUGCGUGGGCUCCCAGUACGCGCGCCUCGAGAUCAAAGUCUUCCUGGCGACCGUCUUGAGACGCCUCCGGUUCCUGCCGCACAGCCGCUGGGAGGACCUCGAACACGCCUUGCUCACCAUCACCCUACACACCAUCAAGCCGAUCGAGGUCUACUGCGUGCCUCUGCAAGAGUCCCGCCUAUAGCGCCACCACCCGACACAUCCUCGGACUUCAUUGGGUUGUGAACAACCAGAGGUCCUUCUGCUAUCUGGUCACUGCCACUGGGAGGACUUGGAACGCUACAUCCUUUCCAUCAUCCGUCACAUGAUACCAUCAGGAACUCCGCUCCUGCUAGCACAUAGGAUUGCUCUCAUGACACUUAUAAAGCUGAUUGUUUCCUAGCCAGUAUUCACAGGAGAUUCAUCAUUUUGAUGCACAGCCAUCGAGAGGACCUGGGGCACAACACUCUCUUUCAGCCUGCACACUGUCCAAAUAAUAAGGGUUUCCUGUGUGUCUCUGCAGGUGUCCACUCUGUAGGAGCAAAAUGUGCCCCUGGACCUCAGUAUGUUCAUGGUGAACAGCGAGAGCCACUUCUGUUCCUGCUAAACAGCCACUUGGAAGACUUACAGUGCUACACCCUUUUACAUCAGCCUUCACAUCAAGCAAUCACCUGUGUGCUCCUCCUGGACUUGGCACAUCGAACUGCUCUUGUGACAUUGUCUUCCUAGCCAGU